AUUCCUGGCAUGUUUGAUGACUACAGCUAUGAUUCCACUGCUUCCACAGACGACUACAUGAAUUUGAACUUCAGUAGCUUCUUCUGUAAGAAAAACAAUGUAAGGCAGUUUGCGAGUCAUUUCCUUCCACCUCUGUACUGGCUUGUGUUCGUUGUGGGUACCGUGGGCAACAGCCUGGUCAUCCUUGUCUACUGGUACUGCACAAGAGUGAAGACCAUGACUGACAUGUUCCUUUUGAAUUUGGCCAUUGCUGAUCUGCUCUUUCUCGCCACUCUUCCCUUCUGGGCCAUUGCUGCUGCUGGUCAGUGGAUGUUCCAGACCUUCAUGUGCAAGGUUGUGAACAGCAUGUACAAGAUGAACUUCUACAGCUGUGUGCUACUCAUCAUGUGCAUCAGUGUGGACAGAUACAUUGCCAUUGUACAGGCCAUGAAGGCUCAGGUCUGGAGGCAGAAAAGGCUGCUGUACAGCAAGAUGGUCUGCAUUACCAUCUGGGUGAUGGCAGCUGUACUCUGCACCCCAGAAAUCCUGUACAGUCAAAUCAGUGGGGAAUCUGGCAUUGCCAUAUGUACCAUGGUCUACCCUAAGGAUAAGAAUGCCAAGCUAAAGUCUGCUGUUUUGAUCCUGAAGGUCACCUUGGGGUUUUUCCUCCCCUUCAUGGUCAUGGCUUUCUGUUACACCAUCAUCAUUCAUACCUUGGUACAGGCCAAGAAGUCAUCCAAGCACAAAGCCCUCAAGGUGACCAUCACUGUUCUCACUGUCUUCAUUAUGUCUCAGUUCCCCUACAAUUGCAUUCUGGUAGUGCAGGCUGUUGAUGCCUACACCAUGUUCAUCUCCAACUGCACUAUUUCCACCAACAUUGACAUCUGCUUCCAGGUUACUCAGACUAUUGCAUUCUUCCACAGUUGCCUGAACCCAGUUCUCUAUGUUUUUGUGGGUGAGAGAUUCCGCAGGGAUCUGGUAAAGACCCUGAAGAACCUGGGAUGCAUUAGCCAGGCCCAGUGGGUUUCAUUCACAAGGAGAGAGGGUAGCUUGAAGCUUUCUUCUAUGCUACUGGAGACAACUUCUGGAGCUCUCUCCCUGUGAGAGAACUUCUCACUGGGCAUAUGGUCCUUUUUGGAAAUAAUGAGAUAUAUAGACACAGCAUAAUCUAAAGAGACAGCAAACAGAAAGAAAACGGGGGGCUGGGGGAGGCAGGAAAAAACGAAACAAACAACUGGAAUGAACCUAAACAACUUUAUCAAGUUCAGUUAGAAUCUACCAAAAGUUUCCAAAACUGACCACCCCAGAACGGCACCAGCUGGUUUUUGGUCAUAGUAACUGUAGUUCUGGGGAGGAUACUUGAGCAGCAGUGAGGACACUCCAGCUUUGCACAGGCUGAUAAUCAGUGCAGCUAGGUUUUGGAGGCAUUGAGUUUCUUCAGUGCUCCAAGUUUCUGUUACUUCAGAUCUGGUGCUACUCCUCUCCAGAGGUGACAGAGCACUGGCUGCCACCAUACCCCCUCCCCCUCACCAAAAGCUUAGUGACAUCCACCUCAGGAUCUUUUCUUUAUAGUCCUACUGGUGGAAAGACUGUGUUUGUAUGUCUCAUUACCUAUAGUUUUGUUUUUGUUUUUGUUUUUGUUUUUUUUAAAUCUAGAACACACUGAAACAUUCUGAGGCUGAAUGCCAUUCUGAUCUCCUUGGUCUCUUCUGAGCCAGGGAGAAUCACUGUUCCUCGUUUGAAGCCAUCUGUAAGGUUGGUCAGCCCAUGUAUAGCUGACCACAUCACAUUACCUGGAUUCUUGCUCCCAGUCCACUUCUGUGUCAGGCAGAAGAUGCCAUGUCCAAACCUCACUGCAAGCACAAACUAGGAAAGGAUCUAGCCUGUUCCUGGGUGUGGUGAAAGUGGCCCUCACAGAAUUAAGCCGGAGAAUAUGUUGGGAUGGUGGGGACCUAGCCUUUGGGACUUCCUCAGGGAAGAGGCACUUGCUGCCGGUUUUCCCAUCUUUUUCCUACCAGUGACCUUCUGAGGCUCCCAGAAGGGUGUCUGCCUCCCUGCUGCCUCCCCUUUCCUUACUUUGUAGUCUCAACAGUUUACAACCUUUUAAUGUUAGAUUAAGAAGAAUGGGUGGGUUGGGCAUGAUAGUGUACACCUUUUAUCCCAGCAGAGGCAGGGUGAUCUCUGUGAGUUGGAGGCCAGCCUGGUCUACAGAUGGAGUCCAGGAGAUUCAGGGCUGCUUACGCAGAGAAAUCUCAUCAUGAAAAACAAACAAACAAAAAGUAAAAAAAGGGUCGAAAAGAUGGCUCAAUGGUUAAGAGCACUGACUGCUCUUCCCGAGGUCCAGGGUUCAAUUCCCAACACCUACAUGGCAGCUCACAACUGUCUGUAACUUCAGUUGCAGAGGAUCUGAUACUCUCACACAGACACACAUGCAGGCAAAGCACCAAUGCACAUGAAAUAAAAAUAAAAAAGAAAAAUAUGUAAUAUAAUUUACUUUCCACCUAUGUUUUUAAUUACGUGAUAAUGUUCUCACAUUGGAAAAAUUAUUGCAUAUCUUUAAAAUGUGUUUUAUGAUGUAUAUUUACAAAUGUUCGUCACUUGCUAUUUGGUUUCCCAUUUCUUAAUAUUGUAGUUGUGAACAAUUAAAGAUUAGAUACAGAAAUACAGUAAUUGUAUAAAGGUAAGACUGGUAAACCUUUACCCUACCAA